AUGAACAAUGUAUAUCACAACAAUGAGACAAUGAGGGAUCAUGCUCAGAAUAACCUGGAGACAAAGACUACUUUCCUCUCUCUCCCUCCUGAACUCCACCUCCUCAUCAGCUCUCACCUCCGGUUCCCCGACAUCGUCUAUUUUCGAAUAACAUGCGCGUAUUUAUACUCUCUCCUCCCACCCCUCACUCACUCGCAACUCCUUCUGGCUGAGACCACCGACUACGCAUUAUCCAAGGAUAUCUACGCAUGCCGGUACUGCCUGCGUCUCCGUCCCGCAUCUCGCUUCGCGGAUCGGAUGCGCCGACGGAGACGGAGCAAGUACGGUCGGGACGCGGAGAAGCGGUUUUGCGUGGAGUGCGGGUUGCAGCCGAGGGCGGGGACUGAUGAAGAGGCGAGAUAUGGGCCUGGGGCGCAAAUGCGGAUCAAUGGGGUUUUGUAUGUGAUUUGUAUCACUUGUCGAAGGUUUGCGUUGGGGUAUGGGGGUGGGAUUGAAUGUCAAGAGUGUGGUCUGGACAGGGAGAGGGUGCGGCAGCAGAAAUUAUUACAGAUUAGGAGAGAUUCUGGCAUAUACGGCGCGCUUGUGGAUGAAGGCUGA